AUGAAGUUCUCCGUCGCCGUUGUCCUCUCCGCCGCCGCUGGCGCCAUGGCUGGCUUUGCCCGCAACAACGUUACCUACGUCACCGAGGUCGUCUCGGAGUACGUCACCUACUGCCCUGAGCCUACCACCAUCACCCACGGCGACCACACCUACACCGUCACGGAGGCUACCACCCUGACCAUCACCGACUGCCCUUGCACCAUCACCAAGCCCGUCAUCAUCAGCAGCGUCGUCUCCUGCCACGACUGCCCCUCGUCUGUCCCCAUUCCUCCUCCCGUCAUCUCGAUCCCCAGCAACCAGACCGCUACCUGGGAGACCGUUGUGCCCACUCUCCCCGUUGAGCCCACCCCCAGCGAUGACCAGCCCAUCACCGUCCCCACCGCCGGUGCCGGCAAGCUCGCCGCCCUCUCGGGUGCCGGCCUUGCUGGUGUCUUCGGCAUUGCCGCUUUCAUCCUCUAA